UAUUUAACUUCCAACAACGUUAUCUCUCCUUCACAUUUUCUAUGACAAAAUUCCACAGAACGCGAAGACCUUAGCUAACAGUGACCUUCGAGUUCUCAUCAGUCAUCAUAACCAUGUCUGGUCUUCCUCUUGAGAUGAUAGCGGAGAUCCUCUGCAGAUUACCAGCAAAGGAACUUCUUUGUUGCAGGUCUGUAUCUAAACCAUGGUGUGCUUUAAUUGAUGGUCCAAACUUCGUUAAAUUACAUUUGAAGCACUCUAUGGACACAAGUUCCAAUCUUUACAUCAUCCUUAGAACUACUUCACAUGUUCACUACAUGGAUUUUGAGCAAAAUUUAGUCUUAAAUGACUGUGUUACUCUGAAAGAGUUGAAUCAUCCUUUGAUGUGUUAUAAUCAUGGGAUUAAAGUUUUAGGUUCUGUUAAUGGGUUGCUUUGCAUUUCUAAUGUUGUUGAUGAUAUUGCUGUGUGGAACCCAUCAACUAGAAAGCAUCGUGUGAUGCCCUUUUUGCUUAUUGAGCUGAAAAGGUAUUUUGGGACCAAGUCUUGUAGUGUUUAUGUGUUUGGAUUUGGGUAUGAUAGUGUUAGGGAUGAUUAUAAGCUUGUUAGGAUUGCGCAAUUUGGAGGUGGGGGGAAGAGGAGUUUUGAGUCUGAGGUUAAGGUAUAUAGUUUGAGGAAACAAUCGUGGAGGAGGAUUGGUGAUAUGCCUUAUUGUGUUCACUAUCCUGGUGCAAAUGGGGUUUUCGCUAAUGGUGCUUUACAUUGGGUUGUGGGCGAGAAUCCUGAAUCGAAUGUGGCAAAUAUAGUUGUUGCAUUGGAUUUAGGAGUUGAGGAUUAUAGGGAGGUGCUGCAACCUGAGUACAAGGAUAAGAAUUUUUAUAUUGAUUUGGGGGUUUUGAGAGGAUGCCUGUGUUUUCUUGCAAAUUUUCUAGGUGAACGUGUUGAUGUGUGGAUGAUGAAAGAGUACGGGGUAAAGGAGUCCUGGACUAAACUGUUUUCAGUUGCACAGUAUGAGUUCAUUGGGUUUCUUAGAUCUCUUAAGCCUUUAGCUUAUUCAAAGAGUGGUGAUGAAGUUCUCAUCGAACACGACAAUUUGGACCUUUGCUGGUAUGAUCUGAAGAGGAAACAAGUAAAGAAUAGGAUUCAUGGUAUACCAUAUUCCUUUGAAGCAGAUACUUCUGUUGAAAGCCUUAUUUCUGUCAAUCCGAAUAGGCAUCUUGAUGGAAGGAUACAGGAUGAAGAUGAGGACUCGAAGGAUAGGAAUAAGAGGGAUGAUUUCUUGUCUGAAGGGUUCAAAUUGGUCUUAUAAUUCACCAGAAGAAACAGCAGA